AUGCCUAACGGGAGUCUAGACAAGUACCUAUUUGAUCAGACAACAACAAAGAUGAUACUCAAUUGGAGUCAGAGAUUUAGAAUCAUAAAAAACGUGGCAGCCGUGUUAUUAUAUCUGCACGAAGAAUGGGAAAAAGUUGUGGUUCAUAGAGAUGUGAAGUCUGGUAAUGUCUUAAUAGACAAGGCGUUCAAUGGAAGGUUAGGAGAUUUUGCACUUGCAAGAUUAUAUGACCAUGGAACCAUUCCUCAAACCACCCAUGUCAUGGGGACGCUUGGUUACCUUGCACCAGAACUUUGUAGCAAUGGAAAAGCAAAUCCGAGUGUUGAUGUGUUUGCAUUUGGGGUUUUUUUGUUCGAAGUUGCUUGUGGUAGGAGGCCUAUAGAGCCAGAAGCAUCAGAAGAGAGUGUGGUGUUGGUGGAUUGGGUUCUCUCACGUUGGAGUAAGGGCUUGAUUCUUGAUAUAGCGGAUCCUAAACUGGGAAUGGAUUAUACUGUACAGGAAAUGGAGGUGGUGUUAAAACUGGGACUCCUUUGCUCUCACUCAAUUCCAACUGCAAGACCUCACAUGCGACAAGUUGUGAGCUAUUUGGAGGGGGAGGUCCCCUUAUCGGAGGUGACAUUGCUUAGUCUAAGCACAACCACAAAUGACAGAACUUUGGUCACUCCUACUGGUCUUGGGAGCACAGUGAAUCAAUCAUCAUCAGUUGCAGAAUCUGUACUCUCUAGUGGCCGAUGA